AUGUUGGUGCUUUAUGGUAAAUACAGACAGACAGCAAUUAAAAUGUUGCGAAACAGAACAUACUUUUCGUGGAGGAUUAUCAGUCCUAGUCUUCUGAGUUAUGUCAUGGAGCAAGAUAAAUAUAUCUGCCGGGCAGUUGCAAUAAUAAGACAACUUGAAGCACUUUUUAGAAAGGCGGGACUUUCAGUGGACUUAUCUAUUCAAGAGUUUGUGAAUUUGGUUCCUGCCCGUUAUAAAGAAGAAGAUAUGAAUGGAGGAAUAGUAGAGAUUGAGGAGGCUUUGGAGUAUUUGAAGAGCGAUGGAACAGUUGAGGCUGCUCUACGCCCUAUAACAGGGACGAUUAACCAGAGGUUAAGCUACUCUGAGAUAAGCUUUUGA